UUCCUGGCGAGCAGUCGAGCUAACAACAACAGAGGCUAGCGUAGAAGGACUUUAGCAAUCUUUCGUUUUCUUCGUCGAUAACGUCUAGGCAAACUUUAAUGCUGUAUGUUGUUUGAAGACUUGACCAGUUAGCAUGUUUGCUAGCUGAUAAGUUAUAUCGCAAUAAUUUGACAACGUUGACGUUAGGCAACUGUUAGCGUUUGUACCAGAAGACAGCAGGUAUGAUGGCGUCUAGCUACAACGCGAAAGAGGAAGAUGGCCAUCACUCGGGGGCAGCUGGACCUUGUGGGACAGCGGUGAAAAGCAAAAAGCCUGAUAACACUGCUUUCAAACAGCAGCGACUGCCAGCCUGGCAGCCGAUUCUCACAGCAGGCACGGUUCUUCCUGCAUUCUUCGUGAUUGGUCUUAUAUUUAUUCCUAUCGGGAUCGGGCUCUAUGUCACGUCGAAUAACAUCAAAGAAUUCGAGAUAGACUACACGGGCAUCGACAUGUCCAGUCCCUGUUUCAACUGUUCCCAGAACUUCAGCUGGAAUAGCACAAGACCUUGCAAAUGUUCUCUGCCGUUUUCCUUGGACCAACCCUUCGAGAGCAAUGUCUUCAUGUACUAUGGUCUGUCAAACUUCUAUCAAAACCAUCGGCGUUACGUGAAAUCCAGAGAUGACAGCCAGCUGAACGGAGACACAUUCUCUUUAACACAUCCCAGCAAGGAGUGUGAACCGUACCGCACUGGUAGCGACAACAAGCCUAUUGCCCCGUGUGGAGCCAUUGCCAACAGCAUGUUCAAUGAUACUCUGGAGUUGUACUAUGUCGAUCAGAAUGGAACUAGAACACAAAUUGACCUGUCGAAGAAAGGAAUUGCCUGGUGGACAGACAAACACGUCAAGUUCAGGAACCCUGGGGGAAACAACUCCAACCUCACGGCCAGUUUCAAAGGUACCUCUAAGCCUGUGAAUUGGAAUAAACCGGUCUAUGAACUGGACAGCGAGCCAGAGAACAAUGGCUUCAUCAAUGAGGACUUCAUCGUGUGGAUGCGCACGGCCGCCCUCCCGACGUUCCGCAAGCUGUACCGCAUCAUCCAGAGGAAGAACAGCAUGGUCCCAACCCUGCCGCGCGGGAAUUACACCCUGGAGGUCACUUACAACUACCCGGUGCGCAGCUUUGAGGGCCGCAAGCGCAUGAUCCUGAGCACCAUCUCCUGGAUGGGAGGGAAGAACCCCUUCCUUGGCAUCGCCUACAUCACAGUGGGCUCCGUCUGCUUCUUCCUGGGCGUGGUGCUGCUCAUCAUCCACCACAAAUAUGGCAACCGCACCAACAACUCUGACAUCCCCAACUAAAGAAGGGAUUUAUUUGUGUGUGCGCGCGCGUGUUUGAGAGAGAUGUCGCACCCCAACAGCAGUGUUGUGCAUGAUUGCCAGUCUGUGGGCAUGGUAAAGAAAAGACUGUUUUGCAAAACUCUUUGUGUCGCUUUGUGUGUGUGUGUGUGCGUGUGCGCGUGCGUGUGUAAAUGUGUGUGUGCCCCUGUUCCUGAGUGCCUGCUUGCAUUUGAGCUGUUUGCUUGUAUAUGUAAAUGAAAUGGGGUAAGAGGACAAAUCGUUUAACUAGGUAUUUAUUUUUAUUCACUUUACUGCCGUAUAUAUGGUUUUAUUUCACUGAUGUUAUACAAAGCUUGCACAUCCCCGCUGAAAUUGGGCUUAUUUUACUACUGAUUGGAAUGUUCCGUGUCAACACAAAUGUUUCUUUGAAUUUAUCAUAACUUUCUGUUGUUUUUGAGAUUGUUAAUUUCUUUUUUACUGGUAUUUGCAAAGUUUAAGUUAUUUUUGUGAAUUCAUGUGCCCUGCCGUCAUGUCACUAUUCAUUACUCAUAACUGUCAGCCAUAUGUCCUUUAAUUCAAUAUUGCUUUUAUGACGUUGUGCAUUUUUCCAAGUCAAGUGCAGCUACGAUAUCCGCAGUGCUUUGCAAACCAGUGUGCCAGCAUGGGUUUUACAUGUGUGCAUGAAGGUUAUGGCCAAGUAGGUCGUUGUACUAUAAAAAGGUGCAUGAAAAUAUGCCAUCAUAUGUAAAAGUAUGAAGACUCUUGGAGAGCGUAAAGGUCAAGGCUUAAAGCAUAAAGGUCUCUCACACUUUGUUCUGUUCUUUUUCACUUCAGUUGCCAUGGUUCUUUUUCCUUUCUUUUGGCCGAUGGAAAAUAUUGUCUUGUUAAUAAUGUACUGUGUAAAUGUGCAAAGUAAUCUAUAUGUCGUCGUAACAACAAAUAAAAAUGAGUAAAAUCA